GGCCUCGUGCCCCCGUUCGUACCCGACCCCGACUCCCCUUCGUCGACGCCGUCAUCCCCUUUCCCUCCCUUCCCCGGCGAGCUAUCACCGUCAGCCGCCACCCCAGCUCCGCCAUGGACUCGCUCCUCGCCAGCUACGCCUCUUCCGACGACGAAGCCGACGAGGCCCCACCUGCCCCUGCCCCCGCCGCGGCCCGGGGCGGGGAGGCCGGCGCCAAGCCCCCCACCGCCUCCUCCGGUGGCGGCGGCGGAAUCUUCUCCUCGCUACCGCAGCCCAAGUCCGCUGCUCUCUUCUCCUCCCUCCCGCCGCCCAAAUCUGCCCCUGCCCCCAGCGCGACCCGGGACGGUGAGGCCGCCGGGAAGCCCCCCACCUCCUCCUCCGCUGGCGGCGGAAUCUUCUCCUCGCUCCCGCAGCCCAAGUCCGCGGCUCUCUUCUCCUCCCUCCCGGCGCCCAAAUCCACCCCCGCCCCCGUCCCCGCCGCCGUCCCGACCUUCUCCUCAAUCCCGGCCCCGAAGUCCUCCACCGGAAAACCUAAGCGCGUCGUCCAGUACCGCCCGCAGCCGAUCCGGCAGCCCACGGGCGACAGCUCCGACGACGAGGAGGACGACGCCAAGAAGCGCCGCGCCAGCGCCGCCGAGGCGCGCUUGCCGCCCGUGUCUGCUGGCUCGGGGCCCGUGUCCUCGUUCCUCCCCCCACCUAAGCACUCGCUUGGGCUCGGCUCCGGCUUGGGCGCCGGCGCCAGGAGGUCGGCUAUCGAUACGGCUGCGCCGGAGAGGUCGAAUCUCGGCGCGCCCGUGCCUUCAGGCUCCAUUGCCAACACUGGAGCGCCUGAGAAGCCUGAUGUCGCUUCGGAUGACGACGAUUCAGAGGAUAGUGGCAGUGAGGAGGACAUGCCUGUGCCGGAGCAGCUGGAGGAGGGGCAAGAAGAACAGCAGGGUCUCGAAGCUGCAGCUGGAGAGCAGCAACAGCAAGGCUAUUAUGCAGCAGCCGGGAGCACCAGUGGAUAUGAAGCCUAUGCGUGGGAUCCAAACUACUAUGCUCAAUAUGGUGCGAAUUAUGGCUGGGAUCCUAGUGCCAAUCCAAAUUAUGUGGCUGGAGCACAGUAUGCUGCAUCUGGAGGAGAGCAAAGUGGUGGGUAUGUUCAUUCACACGGAGGGGAGCAUGGUGGUGGAUACGAGUAUGUUGCGGCAGCGCCAUAUGGAGUAGAUUAUACUGGAGGGUAUGUCCAUGAGGUGGCAGCACCAACGCAAGAACCAGUAUUGCCACCGGAGAUGGGUAGGAUUGGCGGGAAGAGAGGCAGGAAUGAUAUGCCAGCGCAGAUUUUAGAGGUAGAUCAGGCAGAGCUGAUGAAGAAUCGACCUAAGCAGGAUACGUCCAAGCUUACUGGACUGGCCUUUGGUCCUAGUUAUCAGCCUGCCCCAUCUGCGAAAGGAAAACCAUCCAAGUUGCACAAAAGGAAGCACCAGAUUGGUUCUCUGUACUUUGACAUGAAGUCAAAGGAGAUGGAGCUUGCGGAGAGGCGCUCGAAGGGCAUUCUUACGAAAGCAGAAACUCAAGCAAAAUAUGGCUGGUGAAAUUGUGAGCAUGUAAGAAAAUUUCAGGAAGUGGCAGAAUUGAAAUGUUUGUGAAUUUUUGUUGUAAGAGUUACGGAUGAUAUAACCCCAAUGAAGAACAAAUAGUUAAAUGAUCAGUCGGUAUUUGUGUUGCCCAGCUUGCUUUGUGAAUUUGUGAUGUUGGCAUGAAUUUGAAGCAUACACUUAUCAGCUACUGUAUAUAAACCGCUUGAAUUUAUUUUU